AUGGAGACAACAAAAUCAACUGCAAUACCUAUAGCUCAGUACUUCAGAUUAUCCAUGGAGCAGGCACCAAAAAGCAAGGAAGAAAUGCUAGAAAUGCAGAGCAUUUCCUAUGCUAACAUUGUGGGGAGUGUGAUAUGGAUUCUAAGGUAUGUAAAAAGAGUUGGAGACCUUGGUAUCUUGUUUAAGAGCAGCUCUUAUAAUGGAGAGGAUGCUUUGGUGGGAUUUUGUUCUAGUGAUUUUGCAGGAAAUGUGGAUACUCAAAAGUCACAGUCUGGGUACAUUUUUAUUAUGUAUGGUGCGGCUGUAAGCUGGAAGUUGAGCAUGCAGAAUGUGGUGGCCCUAUCAAUGACCGAAGCUGAGUAUAUUGCCUUAACAUCAGCGGUGAAGGAAAGCUUUUGGUUAAGGGAUAUUACUACAGACAGGGACGGAACUAGACUUCAAAAUAAGCAGAUGAUACUUGUUUUCGAUGAGCCGUCAAUUCUUGAUGAGAAGGCGAAGGCCUAG